AAAUGGAAAGAAGGCCAACGCUCACCCCGCAGCAGGCAACUGAACUGACAGUGCAACUUUAUGGAGUGACCAUGACUGAGAUCUCCACCCUGCCUAGUUAUAUUGACCAGAACUUCCUCAUUGUGGACACCGAGGGUACCAAGUAUGUCCUGAAGAUCAUGAACUCAGAAGGCAGCAAAAAUGCCACUAAGCUGGAGGUUCAGACCUUUGCCUUGUCCUUUCUACGCCAGCAUGGAGUUCCUGCUCAAACCGCCUUGCCCACCACCACGGGGAAGCUGUUGAGUAUGGAGGAAAUAGAUGCAUUUACUGACAACAUUGGACUGUAA